AGCACACUAAGCACAGUUUACUGCCAGCGGACCAUCCCUGAAAUGAAGCUGCUGUUGAAAUCCCAGAUUACCAAGAAAGAACAUCAGUAUUAGCAAGACUGUGGUGGUGCACACCUUUAAUCAUAGCACUUGAGAGGCAGAGACUUGCUGUAUAAAGAAGAAACACAGUUCCUUCUCCAAGACCAGAAAUACGCGUGGAAGAGCUUGGGGCCAUGACCUUGGGGGACUUGUGUCUUCAGAUCCUGAGACCCCAACACUUCCCACAGGGAGUGCAGUCCUCACCCCUCAUCGAGGACACUGCUCUUCGCAACAAACAAGAGACCGCUAUGGAAAACCUCAAAUGAUCAAAAUGUAGGGUUGUGGAGCCUAGUCCCAGGGACUGCAUCUCCACAACAACUCCUGCACCUCAGACUCAGGGGCCUGCAGAGGAGAGGACACAGCAAAUCCAGGAAGAAGAUGCAGGGUGAGGCCGGCCCCAUCUUAUCUCACCUCCAGUGAGACAUCUACUUUUUCUUCCCUGAGCUGACACUGAAGCGGAGAUCCUAAACCAUCAGCCCCUGAGAUGCUGAGGGAUCCUGCUCCUUUGCCUGCUCAUCAUUCCUUCAUAGUAGGAUGUUAUCCCUCUGUGAGCUUGCAACACCCAAAGUCAUGGACUGAAAUCACAUUGGCCAGGAAAUGCUGUCUUUCAGGGAUGUGGCCAUUGUUUUCUCUGCAGAGGAGGGUGACUACCUGGAGCCUGCUCAGUGGAGUCUGUACAGGGAUGUGAUACUCGAGAAUUACAGCAACCUCGUGUUCCUGGGUCUUGCUUCCUCUAAGCCUUCCCUGAUCACAUUUCUGGAGCAAACACAAGACCCUUCAGACAUGAAGAGACUCACAGCAGCUGCCAUGGAAACAGGAAACAAAUACUAUACAGGCAAAGAAUGUGACAAAACCCUUCCUUGGAACUCACAACCUAUUAGUCAUCAGAAAAUUAACUUAAGAAUGAAGCCAGAUAAGUGUGAAGAAUGUGGGAAAGCCUUCCAUUUUCUAUCGUCACUUUGUGUGCACAAGAGAAUUCAUACAGGAGAGAAACCCUACAAUUGUGAUAUAUAUGCUGAGGACUUCUGUUUUCCAUCACGACUUACUGAACACAAGAGAAUUCAUAGAGGAAUAAAACCCUACAAGUGUGAAGUAUGUGGCAAAACCUUCAAACAUCCAUCAAUACUUCUUAUACACAAGAAAAUCCAUACAGGAGAGAGACCCUACAAGUGUGAAGUAUGUGGCAAGGCCUUCCAUGUUCAAUCACAACUUUCUGUACACAAAAGUGUUCAUACUGGAGAGAAACCCUACAAGUGUGAAGUGUGUGGAAAGGCCUUCUGCAUUCCAUCAAGACUUUCUCUACACAAAAUGAUUCAUUCAGGGGAGAAAACCUACAAGUGUGAAGUAUGUGGCAAGGCCUUCUGUGCUCCAUCUCGGCUUUCUGAUCAUAAGAGAAUUCAUACAGGAAUUAGACCCUACAAGUGUGAAGCAUGUGACAAGGCCUUCUGUUUUCCAUCACAACUUACUGUACACAAACGAAUUCAUACAGAAGAGAAACCCUACAGGUGUGAAGUAUGUGGGAAGUCCUUCAAAUGUUUAUCAGUGCUAUCUGAACACAAGAGCAGUCAUACAGGAGACAAGCCCUACAAGUGUGAUGUAUGUGGUAGAGCCUUCAGUUUUCCGUCACGAGUUUCUGAACACAUGAGAAUUCAUACAGGAGAGAAACCUUAUAAGUGUGAAUUAUGUGGAAAGGGCUUCUAUAUUCCAUCACAUCUUUUUGUACACAAAAGGAUUCAUACAGGAGAGAAACCCUAUGAGUGUGAAGUAUGUGGCAAAGCCUUCAAUACUACAUCAGGACUUUCUGUCCACAAGAAAAUCCAUACAGAAGAGAAACCCUACAAGUGUGAAGUAUGUGGCAAAGCCUUUAAACGUCCAACAGGACUUUCUGUCCACAAGAAAAUUCACACCGGAGAGAAACCCUACAAAUGUGAAGUGUGUGGCAGGGCCUUCAGUAAUCCAUCAGGACUUUCUAUACAUAAGAUGAUUCAUACAGGAGAAAAGCCCUACAAGUGUGAAGUAUGUGGCAAAGCCUUCAGAGGUCCAUCAGGACUUUGUGUACACAAGAAAAUUCAUAAAGGAGAGACGCCCUACAAGUGUGAUGUAUGUGGUAGGGCCUUCUAUAUUCCUUCACAACUUUCUGUACACAAAAGGAUUCAUAUAGGAGACAAACCCUACAAGUGUGAAGUGUGCGAAAAGGCCUUCAAUUGUCCAUCUGGACUUUCUGUACACAAGAGGAUUCAUACAGGAGAGAAACCCCACAAAUGUGACGUAUGUGGCAAGGCUUUUACUCGUCCUUCUGGACUUUCUAAACACAAGAGUACCCAUAUAGGAAAGAAAAAAUACAAAUGUAAAGUAUGUGACCAGGCCUUUACUGGUCCAUCAGGACUAUCUAAGCACAUGAAUAUUCAUACAGGAGAGACCCUGUAAGUGAAGAGUGUGUCAUUCAUCCAUCAGGACUUUCUGAACACAAGAGAAUUCAUACAGAAGAGAAGCCCUAGCAUUUUGACGUAUGUGGCAAGGUCAUCCAUGCUGUAUCAUUACUUAAAGUACACAAGAGACUUCCUAUAGGGGAGAAACCCUACAGCUGAGAAGUAUGUGGGAAAGCUUUGUUUUCCAUUACUACUUUCAGAAGCAAGAGCAUUCAUAUAGGAAAGAAAGUAUGCAAUCUAAAAUAUGUGGUGAGUUCUUUAGAACUUUCUGGAUUAUUUAUUCUCACUUGAUAAUCCACAAUAGAAAGAAACCCUGUAAUUAUAAGGAUUGUGGAAAAGCCUUCUAUAAAAAGCCAUACCUUACUCAGCACAAAUGAACUCACACUGGAUAGAAACCUUACAAAUGUGAAGAGUGGCAGACUGCUCAGUUGUACCAGAAACCUUAAGGGACCUCAAAGAAUUCAUUCUGGAGUGAAACCCUACAAGUGUGAAGAAUGUGGCAAAGAAUUUAUAAAUUACAUAGCACAUUCUCAACACCAGUCUAUUAUGAGUGUGGAGAAUGGCAAGGCUUUUCCCCUGACUUCUGGUCUUAAACAACUUCUAAGAACUUAUGUGUGAGAGAAAGCCUGUGAAGAAUAUGCCAAGGUCUUGUGCACUUAAUAAAAACUUUUGAAACACCUGAUAAUUCAUACUGGAGAAAAAUGCCAUUAGUGCCAAACAUGUUUUAAAAAAAAAAAAACCUUUAAUAAACUUUCUAGUGUUUCUCAAGACAAAGUAGUUCAAACUUCAGAGAAAUGAUACCAACAUUACAAUAUUCAUAAAAUGUUUUAUACUUUCUCAGUUCCUAAAAGAUAUAAAGACUCUUCUGUCUGGAAACCAUACAAAUGGGAUGAUAUGGGAUGUCUUUUCGUAUAUAUGUUGCCCUUACUGGUUGAUGAAUAAAGCUGUUUUGGUCAAUGGCCUGGCAGAGUAAAUCAAGAGUGCGAGUGAGUAGGUGGAGUUGAGGAGGUGCCUGGUAGCCACUGAAAAAGAAAGAUGCCAGAACAUUACCAGUAAGCUACAGCCUCAUGGCAAUACAUAGGUUAUUAGAAAUGGGUGGAUUUAAGAUGUAAGAGUUAGUUAUGGGCAUCACAAUCACUGACUUCAAACUCUACUACAGAGCUACAGUACUGAAAACAGCCUGGUAUUGGCAUAAGAACAGACAGGAGGACCAAUGGAACCAAAUAGAAGACACGGGUAUCAAUCCACACAUAUUUGAACAUUUGAUACUUGACAAAGCAAAAAAUAUCAAACGGAAAAAAGAAAGCAUAUUUAACGAGUGGUGCUGGCGUAACUGAAUCUCAACAUGUAGAAGAAUGAAAAUAGACCCAUAUCUAUCACCAUGCACAAAAUCAAGUCCAAAUGGAUCAAAGACCUCAACAUAAAGCCAGCCACACUG